AUGAUGGAAAGGAUAAGAAAAGAGAUGAUUCUCAUGGAAAGAGGUCUGCACAGCCCAACCACAGGCAAAAGGCUUUCUAAUUUAUCCGACUCAGCUGGGAAUGCAGUGUUGGAGGCCUUGGAAAAUGCACAUCACACUGGCCGCCUGAGUCCCAGGCUAACUUCCUCCAUGCAUGGAUCUAUAGGGGAGCUACCCAGCAAAGGCAAAUUUGAAAUAGACACUUUGUUCGGAAUCUCUCACCCCAACGGGGAGACUACUUCGGAGAUCACCGGCUCUGACAGGGGGAAGAAAACCAACCAGUAUUCAGACGUGGCUUCAGAAGCAGAUAUGAGCAGUGAUGUGGAAGUGGGGUGCUCAGCCCUGCGCUCCCCCAGCAGCCUGAGUAGCACUCAGCUGAAGGACGCCCUCAGCAAAGGUAAGCCUCCUACUAAUCCAUGUAUCUUUUUCACAGAGAGUGGUUCAGUGGCCAGUACCACCAGCUCCUCUGCAAGCUCUGGAUUAAGCAGCCUCAAUAAUCCCGUGGGGAGCUCCAGCUCAGCUGCUGACCAGGUGCGCCGGUACAGGACAGCAUUCACUCGGGAGCAGAUCGGCAGGCUGGAGAAGGAGUUCUAUCGGGAGAAUUAUGUGUCACGGCCCCGGAGAUGUGAGCUGGCAGCUGCCCUCAACCUCCCCGAGACAACCAUCAAGGUGUGGUUCCAGAACCGGCGGAUGAAGGAUAAGAGGCAACGUCUGGCCAUGUCCUGGCCUCACCCGGCAGACCCCAGCUUCUACACCUACAUGAUGACUCACGCUGCGGCCACAGGAAGCCUUCCUUACCCCUUCCAUUCCCACGUGCCUCUGCACUACUACCCUCACGUGGGGGGUAAACAGCGGCGGCGGCUGCAGCGGCGGCGUCCGGGGCAGCGGCUUCCCCUUUUGCCACCUCCAUCCGCCCCCUGGACACUUUCCGCGCCCUAUCACACCCCUACUCAAGACCGGAACUACUUUGCAGCUUUAGGCACCCGGGUUUGUACCAAUCCCCAGCCGGGAUCAAUAGCACUGCUGCAGCCGCGGCGGCAGCGGCUGCAGCCGCGGCCGCCUCUGCCCCGGGCUCCGCUCCCUGUUCCUGCCUCAGUUGUCACAGCAACCAGACGGCGUCAGCACUGGGCUCAGCCAGCAGGGGCUCCGACUUCACUUGCACGGCGGCCUCCCAGAGGUCAGAGAGUAGUUUCCUUCCCUAUUCUGCAGCAGUACUUAGCAAAACCUCAGUCACCCCUCCGGACCAAAGAGAGGAGACCCCUCUAA